AUGGGCUUCUGCGCCCUUAGCGCCGAUGAUUGGCCAGCGGCGGCCCCCUUCUCCACGCGAGGCGCGGGUUCGAUCCCAGGCCAAACCCCGCGGGCAGAGCGGCGGUCGCCCCGGAGAAAUCGAGCAGGGGGGGGGGGGGGGGGCAAACUCCGCCGGAAGGAAGGCAGGCCCGGCGAGCGCUCCGUUGCGACACGUGCGGGGGAGGAGGCUGUGCCACUGCGGUGCGGCUUUGCGGCGGCUGCUAGAGAACCACGCCGCGAGCGCCUGCAGAAGAAGGGUGCGAUCCAGGACUCGCCGCCACGGAGCAAACCCC